CACAAGAACGAUUCGUUCACUAUCUCUAGGAAGGAGGUGACACGCUUCCGCCAUCCGGAGCCAUGGCUGCUGUAACCAGCAAAAAAGCACUGCGAUUUUUCUCUCAGUUCGGAGCUUUUAUUCUGACUCGGUUCAGCUUCUGGAACUGCUUCAGUAUGUUGAUGCUGUUCGCGGAGCGCGCGGAUGUCAAACGGAAGCCAGACAUCCAGGUGCCUUACCUGUACUUUGAUUUAGGAGCUGCAGUGUUGUGUGCCAGCUUCAUGUCGUUCGGAGUGAAGAGAAGGUGGUUCUCUCUGGCCGCUGCGCUUCACCUGGCCCUCAGCACAUAUGUGUCCUAUGUGGGGGGUCAGGUCCAUUAUGGAGACUGGCUGAAGGUGAGGAUGUACUCCAGAGCCAUGGCCAUCACAGGAGGGUUUCUGGUGCUGGCCAGCGGAGCAGGAGAGGUUUACCGACAGAAACCCCGCACACGCUCGCUGCAGGCCACCGGACAGGUCUUCCUGGGGAUUUACUUGAUCUGUGUGGUGAGUCCAGCUCUCACAGAAACUGACCCCAGACGGAGGGUCUUGUCCUAUCUGGACCAUAUUCCCGGCGGUGAGGUCACGGUCCAGCUGCUGGGGGUUGUGUUUGGGGUGUUGGCGCUCUCUUAUCUCUCGGGCUGCUAUGUGCGAGUGGCUUCCCAGAUCCUGGCCGUGCUCUUACCUCUGAUUGUGCUGUUCAUCGACGGAAACAUGGCGUACUGGCACCACAGCUGCCGUGUGGAGUUCUGGAACCAGAUGAAGCUCAUCGGGCAGAACGUGGGCAUCUUCGGAGCCGUGCUGAUUCUAGCCACAGACAGCUGAAGACCGAGGCGUACAGCAGGAGAGAACGAGCAUGUGUCUCAGGGGAUAAAGAGAAUAACGCUCUGAAACCGACAGAGGUGGACCUGGAAUCUGCCGUCGCAAGCACAGUGUCUUCAGCAGACUGUUUACAUUUAAUUCAUUUCCAUUUUUUAAUGCAUUAUUUAAAAAUUAAGAACGACUAGGAGUCUUAAAAGUUCAAUUAAAGUUGAAUGAUGCAUUUGAGGGGAGUCUGGAAACACAUUAUUGUCAUACAUAUUAUAUGAUGUCAUUUUGUUGUAUAGUAAUGUGGGAUUUUUCCCCAUGUUACCGACAUUUAAAAUGCAGUUGCAUUGUUUGCUGCUUGUAUUUAGUUUGGAUUCCUUAUACGACUUCUAUAAAAGCAUCACGGUGUCAAUUAAAACAUUUUUGUAUGGAACCUA